CCCAGCAUUUUGGCAGCCUUUUUGACGUGAUGUCAGAGGAACUUGACAGUUAAUAGUUCCCGGCAGAGAUCCCAGUCGGACCUUACCUGGUCGCAGACAGUUCCACUUUCCAACUUGAAGUUGGUGACUUAUUAAACGCAAUAUCCAACUUGAGAAAGACACCAUGGUGUCUUAUUUUCAUUGCCGUUUGUUGCUAGCAUCACUCGUGCUACCGUGCACCUUACUGGGAGAGGUGAUAUUUCGCUGCCCGAGCUGCACCGCGGAGAGGCAAACAGCAUGCCCAAAGCUCGCGGCCACUUGUGCAGAGAUUGUGAGGGAGCCCGGCUGUGGCUGCUGUCCGGUAUGCGCCCGGCAGUUGGGAGAAUUCUGCGGCGUGUACACGCCAAGAUGCUCCAUCGGUUUGAGGUGUUACCCGACUCCGGAUUCCGACAUGCCCCUGGAUCAGCUGGUGAAAGGAUUGGGACAAUGUGGGCAUAAAGUGGACGUUGAGCCUACUGUCAGUCUUGAGAAUCCAGAACAAAACGGGCGAGUCUCUGGAACCAAGGUCCCCCCUCAGAGAAAGCUAACAAAGGAGAACUCCAGACUCAGCAAAGAGAUCGCUGUGCAGAAGCACCAGAACGACUUGAGGAAGACCAUGAUGACCAACCGGUUAGAGGAGCCGCGGCCUGCGCACACUCGGCCUGGCCCACAGAGCCCGUGUCAGCAGGAGCUGGACAUGGUCCUAGAGGAGAUCUCCCAGAUGACUUUCCUCAACAAUAAGGGCUCGCUGGAGAACCUGUACGAGCUUAAGUUCCCCAACUGUGACAAGGAAGGACAGUACAAUUUGAAGCAGUGUCACAUGUCUACCCACGGCCAGAGGGGCGAGUGCUGGUGCGUGGACCCGCUCACAGGCCUCCAGCUCCCGUCGUCUCCCAAAGUGAGGGGGGACCCCAACUGCAGCCAGUACCUCAGCGGCCAGGAGACCCAGCCCCCCACGGACGCGCAGAAAUAAAUGUGCUCUCACAAAACCCUCUCGCCAAAAACUUGAAGGGGCCAGAGUCACAAGUGAUUGCAUUUUAAGCAUGUCAAAUAAUGCGUGUGUGGUCUUUGUGUUCAUGUUCGUGUGUGUGUGGUGGGUGUGUGAGCAUGCUCUUUGCACAUAAGGACUGUGCACGCAUGCCUGAGUGUGCCUCCAUGUGAUUGUGUGUGUGCGUGUCUGUGUGUGUGUGUAUGUGUGCGUGUGUGGAGUGCUUCUGUGCGCUGUGUGUGCGUGCAUGUGUGUGCGUGUGUGGUGUGCUUCUGUGCGCUGUGUGUGUGUGCGUGCGUGUGUGUGCGUGUGUGUAUGUAAAUGUUCAGUUCUGGCUCCCGUAGUUAAUCUUCAGUGACAGGGAGCGACUGGAAAGUGUGACUUGCCACGACACAUGACGGCAAGGACGAGACAAGGACAGCCAUAGCUCUUUCCACGUUUGAAAUUCAGAUUUCGACUAGCUAAAUUUAAUAUGGAGCGAGCGGCUUUGUCUCCUCCUAUUCAUAGGUUAAGUGGCCUGUACGACAUGGGGGGCUGAGAGAAUGUUGUUUUAAUCUCGUGGCCGUCCCUGCAUCUGGUCCGGCAGCAUCGGUAUUUCAGGCAGCACAGUGUGUGCAGCUGCUAGCUUUCAGGCCAAGUUCCAUUCCUAUUUAUUCAAGCUUUCUUUUUUGGAGGCUCGGCAAAUGUGUGCUUUGAACUUGUGAAUUCUGUACAGCCUCUUUUAAUACAUUGAUGAAUGAAUAAAAUGGAAAUGUAUAAAUAAUAAAAAAGAGAGAGAUUGUUUCCCAACUGCA